GCCAAUCAAACCAAUAUAAACUUCAUUUACACUUAAAAAAAAAAUAUACACAUAUAAUUUUAGAUAUUUUGAACAAGAAUAAUAUAUUUAUAUGUGUAUUAAUCUUUAAAUUUGCCUUUUAACAAUAAUCAUGUCAACACAUUCGCAGUCAAAUUCACCUUCACAUGUUGAAUACGCAUUUAAAAAAACUUUACUUGAUGAUGUAAAGAAUUGGUCCGAAACAAAAGUAACAGAAUGGCUAUCUAAUCAAGCGCUUGGUCGUUUUAGUCAGAAAUUUAUAGGUAAAAAAGAAGGGGAAAAAAAAACUUGACAAUCUACUUCUAAUUAGUAUACAUGCAGGAAUCAUUCUCAUUUUGUUAUUGUAGAACAUAAUAUUUCUGGUUCAGUGUUACUUGAUUUAGAUUAUGAAGCCAUUAAAGCAAUGGAUAUUAAAACAGUUGGCGAAAGAGUUCGUUUGGUUGCUGCAAUUAAAGCGCUUCGACAAGAAUGUUAUUUAGCCGCUUCUUUAGCUGCGAGGACAACGAAAGUAACAACUCCAAGAUCAUAUAAUAAUUUAGAAAACAUGAGACAAGGCUUGUUAUUAACACCACCUGGAAAUAAUGAAGGGUUUAAUACGAUAGAAAUAACGCCAAAUACAGCCAACUUUAAAACAUCAAAGUCAUCUGAUUCAAGCAGUGCAAAAAAUUUGUUAAUUCGAUCUAAUUCAUUUUCUCGAUUUUUGGGAAGAUCAGAAUCAAAACGAUCACAAAAAGCUCAACAAGGUAAUCUUUCCAUGCAGCAGCAGCAGCAACAACAACAACAACAACAACAACAACAAAAUUCAGACAUUUAUUCACAGAUGCCAACAAGUCCAAGAACAACACAAAAAAGAAAUUCUUUUGAAGGAGGGAUCAUGUCAAUGGAAAAAGUAAAGCAGACAUGUGUAAAAGUAUUUGGUGAGGACGGUCAAACACGAAUUGUGAAUGUUCAUAAUACAGCAAAUGAUCCCAAGCAGAUUAUGGCAAAAGUACUACAUAAAUUUGGCAUAGAUGAAAAUAGUGCAGAUAGUUAUUGCAUCUUUGUGGGAUCAAGUACAAAUGGUGAAGCGCGUGCCUUGUCAGAUACUGAGUUAGUUGAAAUUUGUAAAUCGAUAGAUAGACCCGAAAAGGAGCGACUUAUAUUGCGUAAACGACAUAUGUACCUUACUUAUGAAGAAUUUAAAAGAAAGGGAACGAUUAACAGUCAACAGCGUCAUUAUCAUAGUAAACAUAAUAAUAAAGAGGAAGAAUGUAAUAAACAGCGACAACAACGUAAUAAUGUGAAUGAUAACGAUAUUCAACCUACUAAUUAUUAUAAUCUUUCUCGUCAACAUGGUUCAAUAAGAUCAGUUACAUCAACUAAUCAUAUACGAAAUUCAGCUAUUAUGAACAAUAAUGGAGGACGUCGUCGCUUCUUUGGUGAACGACCACCAUCAGAAAUCAUUUCAUCUAAUCUACCUUCCUUUUUCCCUAACCAUAAUCGAGAAGUAUUAGAAACGGCAGGUAUUAAAGCACAACGAUUAUCUAUGACAAGACGUAACUCUGCUUUAAGUCGUUUGCAGCCUCGAAAUUAUCGAAAUAGUGUGUUACCUGAAUUAGUGUCAGUUUUAGGAGUUGACUUGGAUCGAUUUUUAGAAGAAGAAGAAGAAGAAGCUUCGAUGAAUAUGAUUGCUGCUAUUACUACAGAAGAUACAAAAGAAGAACAUGAUAUCAAAGCGAAUGAUUUCUCUUCUACUAAUAAUAAUGAUAAUAAAUCUGAUGAUAAAAAAACGAUGAAUGAUACCCAAAAGGAGGAGAAUUCGCAAAGACAAAUAAAUAAGUUAGAACGAAAAUCAAGCUUAAAUCAUAAAUCUCUUAGAUUAAAGGAGAGGCAACAUCAAAAGGAUACAGCAUCAAUGACAUUAAAGACACCUACGUCUACGUCUACGUUUAUAUCUACACCUACUACUAAAACUCAAUCAUUACCAGAUACCUGGAUGAAAGGUUCAUUAAUUGGUCGUGGUUCAUUUGGUGAUGUCUAUCUUGGGUUAAAUCCUAUUAGUGGUGAGCUUAUGGCAGUAAAACAAGUGGAGUUACCCGUUGAAAACUCAGCUUCAGCACAACAGAAGAAAUCUAUGGUAGAAGCUCUUCAAAGAGAGAUAGAGCUUCUAAAAGAACUUGAGCACGAAAAUAUUGUACAGUAUUUGGGAUCUAAAAUUGAUGAUUCUUACUUUAGUAUCUUUCUUGAAUAUGUGCCUGGUGGAUCUGUUGCAGGUCUUCUUUCCAGCUAUGGCGCCUUUCAGGAGCCUCUUGUAAAAAGCUUUGUGAGACAGAUUCUAAAGGGACUUUAUUAUUUGCAUCAUAAGGAUAUUGUUCAUCGAGAUAUAAAGGGGGCUAACGUCCUUGUGGAUAAUAAGGGAGGUGUAAAGAUUACUGAUUUUGGGAUUUCAAAAAAGUUAGAAGAAGAUAUUAUAAUGCAAGAACCACCAACCAACAAUGCAGCAGUGUCAUCUACUAGCACGAAUCAUCGACCGAGUCUUCAAGGGUCGAUUUAUUGGAUGGCACCUGAAGUAGUAAAACAGACACAUUAUACACGUAAGGCAGACAUUUGGUCCUUGGGCUGCAUGGUAGUUGAAAUGUUUACAGGUGAUCAUCCUUUCCCUGAAUAUUCACAAAUGCAAGCUAUAUUUCAAAUUGGAUGUAAUACUAUCCCUAAUAUCCCCCCACAUAUAAGUGAAGAUGCCAAAGACUUUUUAAUGAGUACAUUUGAAUUGAAUUUCGAAGAUAGACCGUCCGCAGAUGAACUAUUAAAGCAUCCAUUUUUAGCAGAUCCAGAAGAAUCCUCUUCUAUUAUAUCUAGCAACUAA